CGCUGUUUUCAGUGUUUUGAAAUAGCAGCUGAACUUUGUGUUCUGAGUUUGAGUAAAGUCAGAAUUUCGGGGGAAAAUGAGUUAGAUUAGAGUUAUUUUAGAGUUUAGAUGAUUAAAGUGUGUAACUCCGGACUGAGACAUGUGGAAAUGAGGAGUAAAGACAGUGCGAUGUCCUGAUAGUGGUUUUCUGAACUGGAAGAAAUGGAGGGCUCGUACUGGGACUUGGUGCUGCUGGUGAUGGAGGUUUGGUUGUUUGUGGUUCUGGGGCUCAUUGUUCUUCCCGCCAUGUUCGGGGUCUCGCUGGGCUUCACAGACCUCUACAUUAAAGUCCUGGUCAAAACCCUGGAGUGGGCCACCCGGAGGAUCCAGAGAGGACAGAAGGAGCAGGACACGCUCCCCGCUCAUCUGCCCAACGGGAUAAUCGAGAGAAACGACGACUCCAUGGAGGAGCAGAUCGUGGAGCUUCGCCGAUCCCAUCCGAAGUUUCACUCUGUGGGAGAUUUUACUCUGUGCGAUGCUUUUUAUUUCUGUAAGAAGGGCAUAGAGAGUAUUGUAGAUGACGAGGUCACUCAACGCUUCACGUCUGAAGAGUUGGUCUCCUGGAACCUUCUGACACGAACCAACAUCAACUUCCAUUACAUCAGCGUACGCGUGACCAUCAUCUGGGGCCUGGGCUUAUUUAUACGCUACUGUAUCCUCCUACCACUCAGGGUGACGUUGGCUGCUAUUGGACUGAGCUGGCUUGUGAUAGGCACCACCCUCGUGGGCCUGCUCCCCAACAGCAAUGUGAAGAACUGGCUCAGUGAUGUGAUACACAUGACGUGCUACAGGAUCUGUGCUAGAGGUCUAUCUGCCAGAAUCCGCUACCACAGCAAAGAAAACCGUCCAAAGAAAGGAGGGAUUUGCGUCGCGAAUCACACCUCUCCUAUAGACAUUGUUAUUUUAGCAAACGAUGGAUGUUAUGCCAUGGUUGGUCAGAUCCAUGGAGGCCUGAUGGGGGUCAUCCAGAGGUCAAUGGUGCGAUCCUGUCCCCACGUGUGGUUUGAAAGGUCUGAGAUGAAAGAUCGCCAUGCAGUGGCCAAAAGGUUAAAAGAUCACAUCGCAGAUAAAUCCAAGCAGCCAAUACUUAUCUUCCCUGAGGGAACUUGCAUUAAUAACACAUCCGUCAUGAUGUUCAAAAAGGGAAGCUUUGAGAUAGGAGGGACGAUAUACCCAGUAGCAAUAAAGUAUGACCCGCAGUUCGGAGACGCGUUCUGGAACAGCGGGAAGUACAACAUGGUGAGCUACCUGCUCAGGAUGAUGACCAGCUGGGCCAUAGUGUGUAAUGUGUGGUACCUCCCCCCUAUGAGUAUACAGGAUGGAGAGGAUGCUGUCCAUUUUGCCAACAGAGUCAAAUCAGCCAUAGCACUGCAGGGAGGACUGAUGGAUUUGUCCUGGGAUGGAGGCCUGAAGAGAGAGAAGGUGAAGCAGUCGUUUAAAGAGGAGCAGCAGAAGAUGUACAGCAGUAUGAUCGUAGGACAGGACUGAGGAACACUGCGCUGUGCUUCAUCCAGAGGAAGUUAAGAUUACAGCCUGUUACAGGUCACAUGUUACUCACUUCUGGAGGAUUCGCUGUUGAUAAUCGAAGAUUAAAAUGUUACAGUUCAUUCAGAAAACAGAGAACAGACUCUUUUAGCUCACAUCAUCUGAUUACAUGACUAGAGUUUCUCAUGACGUCAUAAUAUGUAGUCCCUGCAUUUUUUAGGACUGAAUCAGGGAUUGGCUAGCUAGCUAACUAGUCUUUGGUUGGAUUGAAUCUCUUUUAGAUCCAGCUAACAGAUUAGUGCCAGUUCCAUCAGUGUUACACUUAAAUUUGUAUCAAAAUGAAAGCCUUGUUUUUUCAGAUGCUGUGUGCUUUGCAGCACACUCUGAUAAACCUGUAAAUAAGCUAUAGUUAGCUAUGGCUAUUUGUGCAUUCUCUAUUGGGUGGAAUAUGUGCUGGUUAGCUGGGUAGCUAAGCUAAGGAGAAAAAAAUAUAUGACAUGCUGCUGUUUUAAUAAAAAAGCAGAUAUGCUGUUUUAAUUCAGUGUGAUUUCUCUACUGGUGGAAUGGGCACUAAUGUGGUUAGCUUUUUGUAGCCAUGUACAUUUGUGUUGUCUUCUCAGUUUGCUUCAGAGAAACAGAAUUGUCACAAAAAACACUCUCUAUAAACAUAUAAUUUAUCGACUUGGUCAAAGUACUAGUAUGUUUAUUCCGAAGUAAAAUGCUAAUUUUAGCCGUUUUUCACUAUUGACCAACAGCAAAGCCAGAAAUUAUCCCACACAUGGUGGACACAACUAAAUAAUCACAUAACUGAAGUACUAGAAUACUUUUUUAAAGCAUCAGAUAAAACCUUAAAGGCGAGAUUUAUAAAACUCUCAAAAUACGGUGGCCUUAAAAUCAGAAAUUACACACUAUAGGUGAGUUUCUCAGACAGGGAUUAAGCCUAGUCCUAAAUUACACAGCAAUUUAAAUAAAGAUUUCCCAUUGCAUUCACUACUGGAGAAAUGAGUUCUGCUA